UGCUUUUUCUGCACUAGGGAUUUCUGAAUUAUUUCCAAGUAGUCCAAGACCCCAUCUCGGAAGAACCCCCCUUUUAUCCCGUCUUAUUUCUUGUCAGUAGUGCACGUUCCAGUUCCCGUUCGGCAAGUGAGUAAUUCUUUCUCGUAAGAUUCUCCUGUCUCUCUCUCUCUCUCUCCCUCUCUCAUGUUUUGAAUUUUCAUUUCUUAUUAUAUUAAGAGAAAAGUUAUAUUCUCCCUUCACCUCUCUCUCUCUCAUCUUUGCGUUUCGUUUACAACUAUGUGGUUUUGAAUUGCUACUGAUGAUUGAAUGACACAGUAUCGAAGUGUCCUUUUGAGAUCAGAGUGGCCUUAUAGACGAACUAAGAGUUAUCUCAUCAAUAACAUAUAAGAGAGAAACGAGAGAUUCAUACAUGGAUUUCGUUGAAGGAGCUCCUUCAUCUACAGUUGAUAUUCCAGAAUUUUUAAAAUCCUUCCCGAAGCUGUCUACCUCUGAUUCAUCUGCCAAUCUUGAUUCUUUACCUAAUGGUGCUAAAGUUGUAGCCACUGAAAGUCUUGCUAGAAAAACAUCUUCUUCUCAUUACACGUUAGCGGACAUGUUAAAAAGAUCAGACGUUACUUCACGAUGGGAGGAUGGUCGUGUUGUGAACGAGUAUCGCAGAAUUAUUCGGGAUAUUAUUGAGGUACUGUUCCAAUUGGAGUUGAAAGAUAUACGUUCUGGCUACUUGAACGAUGAUGACAUAGUCAUUAUUCAUGGUCGAGCAAAGAUCCCCUAUUUUGCGAAACCUUGUAUUGAAACUAAAUUGUCAAGCUAUAGACAAGAAUUCAAAUCUUUGGUUUCAAGAAUGCUCGGGGAGAAUGCUGCAAUAGUGGAGUUAGUGCACUUCUAUGGCACGAUCGACCACCUUGGGAUGACUUUUAACGACUUAUGGUAUCAUCCUCUGCUCCAAUCAUCUAAUGAGAGAUAUUUUUCCCCUCUUGACGCCUGGUUGCAUCUUCAAUAUGAGAGAAGACUUACAUGGAGAAAUAUGUAUCAAAAUGUGGCGAAUAAUGAUAUUGACAUCAACACAAUCGUUGGAAAAUCUAACUACAAGGCUUUUAAGUCCGUUCUUUUGAAAAAAACCAAAAAGGAAGGUGCAUAUAAGAAUAAUGCCUUGGGAGUGUUUGAUUACUCAAGAUACAUCCUCGAGAAUGUUAAUAAAAAUGUGGAUAAGGACAAUGAAAGAAUUUCGACCAAGCAUGAAGUGGAAGAAGAGCUUACUUCGUUGUUCCCCACACGGCUAAUAGAUUUAUAUGAGUUCUUGUAUUCUAUGGGCAUUAGCAUGGACUCCUUAGGGCUACGAAGGUACACUACUACACAAAGUACUUUCUAUAGCAUUAAUUAAUAGAAUUUUAUUUUCUUAAAUGCUAUUAAAAGGAGCUUUACAACAAUUUUAGUAAAAUUGCUGCAGUAGUAUACAAAGUAGAAGAUAUAUGCAUAUUUCCCUUCUAUUGAGGGAUACCUUUAUGGUCCCCUACAAAUUUUUUUUCAAUGAUCCAAGCCAUUUUACAUCUUUAUUCAUAGACCGUCCUCAUGCAGAUUAAAAAUCAUUAAUGCAUCUAAUUGGGACCAACAAAGUAGACGAAUACAGUGCUUCAAUAAAAGAUUAUAAUAACAACCAUCUAAUUGAUUGGUCAAAUUGUUUCAGAUUCAAGUGAUUCUUUUGCGUAUAUGAUCUUUGAAGGAAUAUCUAAAAACUCUUAAAAGUGAAUAUAAAGGCAAAAACUAUCAUCCGGAUGUCUGCACGUUAUUAUCGUGCGGAUGCCAUCGUAAACGAAGAAGAAAGCAAAGAAGGGUAGUAGAAAAUAUAUGGCGUCCACAUGAUAAUAAUAUAUAAACGUCCGCAUAACAGAAAAUAUGCUAUUAAAUAAGGCUAAAUUAGUACACUUACAAAAUGUUUAAAUAUAAUUAAAUAAAA